AUGAGCAAACCCCCAAAGUUGGGAAAGUGCAAUGAAAUGGAUGCACCUUGCGUUCUCAGCCCACCUGGGCUGGGUGAUUCUUUGCAAAAAGGUCACUUCCCAGGUAAGAGGAGAUCGGGCACACAGCCUCCCUGGGUUUCCAGCCUUUGGAGCAGGUUUGUUUCACAGUGCUCGUUCUCAAGAGGCACAAAUGGGCUCAGUGCAAAGGGAAUUUAGCAGCAGAGCAAUUCACCUCUGCAAACCCACGCGAUUAACGCCACACAGUGAAGUGCCAUGACUUGUAACUGCUGGACACCAGCAGCAUUUGGCAGAUACUCGUUGUGCCAUGAGGUGCUUGGGGUAAGCUUUCCCCAGACAGCACGGUUCUCCUGGCUGCAGUGAUAUGGGGCCCGGGGACGGUGACAAGGUGUUCUUGGAGGUCUUUUCUGACAUUAAUGAUUCUGUGGUUCUGUCCCAGCACCGUGCAGCCACCAGCUCCUCAAGCACAGAGCGAACCUCAUUGCAGGGCAGCAAACCGAGCCACCUCGAGGGUUCCAGGGCAGGGAACAAGCCGAAACGGGCAGCAAAAGCAUCUCAGCGUGAUGCUGUUUAGAAAAGCGAGCAGCCCUCUUCCCACCCCACGGCCACACGAGGGCAGAGCUGCGCGGAGCUGCGGGCGGAGGUCACCUUGCAGCUCCCACCCGAGGGGAUGCGGGUGGAAGCCGACCUCGGCUUCCCGGUGGGAAGGGGUCGAUUGAAGUCUCCGCGGCGGCUGCAGUCCCCUCUGAGCCCCGUCCAGUGUCCCCUUGUCCCCACGCGGCCCCCAAACGCUUUUCCCCUCCGUAGCGCCGAGAGUUGGAAUUGCUUCUGUCUGCCUCAUUAACUCCCGGCCCUACAAACGUCCUCGGACCGUCAGUGCGCUGCUCGCUGAUUUGUUUUCCUGCUUGGGAGCACGUUCUUUCCCAAGGGAUUGUUUCAAUGUCUAGAAUCCCCAUUUCCCCAAGCAUUUCAUACCCCGGCUUUCCCCAAGGACUCUCAAAAACAGACCAGUAAGCACUUGAUUACCAUUUGCCCUUUCUAUGAGCCCUUUCUCUGCCUGCUGUGCUCCUGCUGGCUCUUUAAGCUCCCUGCCAAAAGGCACCUUCAGCUCCGAGCAGCCGUGCCUUGUUUCCUCCCUUCUUCCCCCAGCUGCUGCCCUCCCAGCUCUGUCCUCCCACUGCUCGAAGGGCUUCGUUCCUUCUGCUUGCCACCAGCUUUGAGGUAAGCUGCUUUUUGGGAUGCUGCUUUGUAGGGCUGGGUGAGGAAAGGAAGAAAGGAAAGGAAGGCAGAAAGGGGAACUGAGCUGCACAGAGGCUGCUGAAGGUGCUGCUGUUCUCUGCCAGAAACCUGAGUGCUCUGUUAUUUUCAUGGGGGGUCUGUAAGGAGAGCUGCUAUGGGGACUUAGGGAGAUCAGUUGCAGGGUAGCACCCUGCAAGGUCCUGCAGCCCUGGUUUGGUGAAGCUGCAUGUUCUGGCAUCCCCUCUGAGCUGAAGGCUCCUGUUGCAGCGUGCUGAGCUCCGUCUCUGCACGGGCAGAAGGAUGAGCAGCACCUGUGGGUGAGAGCACUGUGUUCCUGUCCCCAUGUGCAUUUCCCUGCCCUGCCAGCACUGAGUUUCCUCCCGCUGGAUGGAGCUUUGCACACUCUGGAGCUGCCUGCAGGAAGGGCUGGAGGCCCGCACUGUGUGGCAGCAUGCCAGCAGCUGCCUGUUUUUCCUCCUUCCUCCUUCUUGCUAUUGCUGAUAUGGAGAUAACGUGUGUAAAAGGGCUCCUGGCUACGGCUCGGUGGCCUUUAUGGCUGUGCAGGAGAGCAGCCCCGGGGGGGACUGCUUAUGUUGGUUCCCCUCCUGCUAUUCCAGCCUUAGGGCUUCCCUUGGGUGUUGGCUUAUGUGUGCAGCUCUUGGCAGGGCUGAGCACUGGGCACAGCUUAUCACGCAGCCCAAAUGGGGGAUUUUGGGGUUGCACUGGGCCCUGUGACACGCACCCACAAGUGUUGAGACCCAGAGAAAUAUUGGGCUGUGGCUGCACUGAGUGCUUGUUGUUGCCUACAUCUGCUCCUUGGGCAGAGCUCGUUGCUUUUGCAGUAGGAACUCAGUGAUUUGAAAGGAGAUGGGGAUGCUGGGGUCACAGUGUCUGUUUGCCUCGAGGCACUUGCAUUCCUUGCUCAUCCCUGCAGCUGGUGAGGUGAAAAGGCUGGACGUGCAGGGAUUGCUUUGCAUGUUGGUAUGGUUUGUGUCUGCAAAUGCUUAACACUGGGCAGCACUGAGUGUCAGACAAGAAAAAGCAGCAAAACCAGGCUGCUGUGUGCUGCAGAGCCUGCUCUGGGGGCAGUGGGGCCAACCUCCUCUCCCUCUCUUGGUUGCUCGGGGCUGGAGAUGGAGCUCACAAAGGCUCUGCUCUGGUUUGGGAGCCCUGACCCCAAGCUCUUGCCCACAGGCACCUUUUGUAUGGCACAACCCCUGAAUAACCCCAUGCAGAGGCUAUUGUGCCCGGGUCAGGGACCUCUGAGCCCUUCCAGCAGAGCCUGGCCACGCUGCCUCCACCUCUCCCUUGGCUCUUUCCCCUGUCAUCCGAAAAAUAGCAUCAUAACUGAAUAUACGUGGUCUCCACAGGAGGAAGGAUUGGCUGCUCUUCCCGAUUUAGUGGCAAACUCUGGGAGACUCCUUGCUGCCAGCAGAGCCAGGUGUCCCCGGUUGUGAAACCACGGCUGAGUCAGUGCUGCGAGCUGGCCCGCGGGGAGCCCAGCUCCAAACAUCCUGUCCGAGGGCCACCUCCCCGCCUCACCUCUGCCUUUAUCUGCCCCUUCUGAGUAACAACGCGUCUGGCAAGGGAGAAGGACAGGCAGAAGUUGCAGACACCAGGAGUGAUCCCAAUGCAGACGAGUUUCCUUGGCAGUGCCCUCCGGGGCACCUUCUUCCUCAUCUUUGGUCUCUGGUGGUCUGUGCGAUACCCUCUGAAGUAUCUCAGACGGAAAACGAAUGCUGAGAACCAGCCAAGCUAUGGGCUCCGGCGCGUGGAAGUCUUCGAAGGGGCAUUCAAAGCUUUCUUUGCCCUGGCAGGGAUCCUGGUGGAGCAGUUCGUGCCCUCUGGUCCCCACCUGAUGCUGUACAGCCCCAAGACGCACAGCUGGACAGACCUCACGCACUGGCACUACACCACCAUGUACCUCUUCUUCCUCCUCUCUGGCAUCGUGGACGUGGUCUCGCACUCACCGCUCAAGCUGCCAUUGGGCUUAGAUCGGCUCUCGCUGUCUGUGGCUCUGUUCAUGGAAGGUUUGCUCUUCUGCUUCCAUGACUAUGGCGAUGCUGCACUGGACCAGCACCUCCACUCCCUGUUGGCCUUCGCUAUCUUUGCUGGAGCCCUCUGCACCCUCCUGGAGGUGUUCCUCCGAGACCACAUCAUCCUGGAGUAUCUCAGGACCAGCACAUUCCUGUUGCAGGGCUCCUGGCUCUGGCAGAUCGGGUUUGUGCUGUCCCCUCCCUGGGGAGGACCAGGCUGGGACCAGACCGAUGGCAGCAAUUUCUCAUUCCUCACCAUGUGCUUCUGCUGGCACUACGCGGGGGCACUCGCUGCCCUGGCAGCCAAUGCAGCCUUGUCACGCUGCUGCAACGAAUCCUGCCAGCUGCGAUUCGGGGACAUCGACGUGGAGCUGGACUGCGGCAUGUGCCUCCGCAAGAAGGGCUCCGGCGGGGCCCUGCUGCCCGAGGGCGGCACGGACGAGAAGUGAGGCUGCAGCAGCCGGUGGCAGCUCCAUCCCGCUGCUCUGGGGCUCUUGAGAUGAACUUUUGAGUUCUGUUCUGUUAAACUGGGAGCAGCAGGAGCAGGAGGUAGCGCCCCAAAGCUGAGCUGCUCCUGCGUGCUCCCGGCAGCGAGGAGUUUGCCGUUUUCUCAGGACUGGUUUGCUGGUGGGCUCUGCCUGACGUGGCUGGUCGGGCUGUCUCUGAACCCAGCAGCAGGGAUGCAAACAGCCCCGUGAAGCAGCUCCUGGUGCCUGCUGCUCGCUCUGCCGUGAGCGCAGAGGUUUUGUACAAAGCUUUGCAUGCACAGAGUAUACGUGAUCCUCAAUAAAGUGCUAUAACAAACCUU